UGGAGACAGAUAUGGAGGGAACUGUUAUCGGAUAACGAAGGCGACACUCUGCUCUGUUCUGAGAGGAACUCAUUCCUACUCCAAUGGCGUCGAUGAUGUCUGUCUCCCACUGGAAACUCAGCUCUUUACGGACUAUGCCACUGCCACCGUCAACGACGAGUCGUUUUCCGAAGCGCGCGCAAUGCUCACCAAUCAAGCAAGAACCAGAGGUUGAUUCUUCUUCUGCAGCAAUUUUGUGCGAGCCUUGCAAUGGCAAAGGGUGGUUACUCUGUGAUUUCUGUAAAGGACAGAAAACCAAUGUGAAAUCUGACUCUAAUAGGACCUAUCGGCGUUGCCCAACUUGUAGAGCCAUUGGGUAUGUGCUGUGUUCAAAGUGUAAGGUCUUCAAAUGUGUCACAUUCCCAAAUUACAAUGAUGGUGAAGAGUUGUCUUUUUGAGCUUCAACAGCUUUGUGUUCACUUUUUCAGGUUCUCUUUUUACCCUACAUUGUAAUUUCUUUGAUGAAAUGGGAAAACCAUUUAUCCA